CUUGGUGUAGUGUUUUAUAUAAAAUUAAAAUAAAUAUUUUUUUUUCAGUUAUUUAAAUUUUAUUCUUGUUAACUAACAUUAUUGAUACUUUGUGCCAUACAGAUAUAUUUAUCUUCUCGUGUUCCCGUGUCACAAUGACCGUCAACUAAUAUUGUGUCCGUGCCUAGCAUAAACUUAACCAAAAUACUGCAUCAAACAAACUGAUGAUUUCCUGCGUACGACAUUAACAGCGCGAAAGUAAAAUCAGUUUUGGAAGCUUUGAGAGCAUUGGAAGGUAGUGUAAAUUAUUCAUUAAUUAUUUUAGUUCUUCCAUAAAAUUUCUCUUGAAAAUUAUAAAAAUAAUAGUACUGAACAAUAUUCGUUUCAUUUAUUAAUUUUUGGUCGUAUUCUUACUUAAGCAAAAUGAACUUAACUCAUACUUAAUUCAGUUCGGUAAAGCUGAUUGAUGAAAAUAUUUAUUGGUGAAGUGUUUCAAAUAAUAGCUGAAUUUAAAAAAAAUUAUUUAAGAUUUAUUCUAGUUAACUAUUAUUAUGCCACAUAGAUAUAAUUAUCUAAAAGCAGGCAUGAACUAGAGCUCAUACGUGCAUGCAUUUAGCGAGUACGGGGCAGUCUGAGGCAGCACAUUUCCUCUGCAGAGCGUGUACUGGGGCGGGCCGGUGGGGCGCAGUGUUGCCAACCGCGGCAGUAGCCGGGCGACGUCUCCCCGAUGCGCGCGCCGCGCUGGGCCCGCGGGCCUCCGCCCGCCACGUGGCUCUACACCUGCCUCGGCCUGUUGGCUGCACAGGGCGCGCUGCAGGAGCUCAAGCUGUUCAGCAGCCCCGGCAUGGCGGAGGUGCAGUGCGACAACUCCUUCACCGACCCGGACGGCGACGGCUCCGAGUACGAGGGCAGCGGGCGGGGAGACGUCGGGGGCAUCCCGCCCAUGCCUCCCCCUCCACCCGAGUUCACUUUGCGAGGGCCAAAAGGAGAUAAGGGUGAACGAGGACCAAGAGGCCCUCCAGGGGACGUGGUGCGAGGCCCCCCGGGCCCCCCGGGUCCGGCAGGCCCCCCGGGUCCCGCCUUCUCCGGCUCUGACGCCUUCCUGGGCUCCGGGGACGGCUCUGCGUUGGGAGCACUGGUGGGACCCCCCGGCCCGCCAGGCGUGUGCUCGUGCAACUUCACGUCCAUCAUCAGCUCGUUGACGCUGCCCGACGCCAUCCCGGGCCCGCCAGGGGUGCCGGGGAUAGACGGCAAGGCCGGCCCGCCUGGGACAUCUGGCCUGCCGGGACCCCCCGGGGAGCGAGGCCCUCACGGGCCCAAGGGCUCCAAGGGGGAGCGGGGAGAGAUAGGCGCUCCGGGCCCAGAAGGCUUCCAGGGCUCCAAGGGCGAGCCCGGCAGGGACGGCCGUCCUGGAAUCCCUGGAACCCCGGGACCGCCUGGCGCGCCGGGCAAGUCGGAGUUCUCGCACUACGACGAGUCGGUGAUGGGGUCGGGCUUCGGGCCGUCGCUGGGCCGGCCGGGCAGUCCCGGGCCCAAGGGCGAGCCGGGGGCCGCCGGCACCCCGGGGCAGCCCGGGGACAGGGGCUCCCCCGGCAGCAAGGGCGACCGCGGCGAGCCGGGACUGCGCGGCGCCAAGGGCGAGCGGGGCUACACCGGCGCGGAGGGCGCCCAGGGCUUCAAGGGCGAGCCGGGCAGUCCAGGCAUCGACGGGCUGCCUGGCUUCCCCGGCGCCAACGGCAGGGACGGCACCAAGGGUCAGAAAGGCGAGUCGGGGGAGAGCGGCAAGCCAGGACCUCCAGGGCCGCCGGGAGAACUGGCCGUCCGCCUGCCCGAGGACUCGUCCGGCGCAGGACGGGCCGCAGGGCUGAAGGGAGACCCAGGGGACGUCGGGCCCGCCGGCGAGAAGGGCGACGUCGGCGCCAAGGGCGAGAAGGGCGAGAGGGGCACCACGGGCAUGGCCGGCAUGCCCGGGGCCAACGGCAUACAGGGCCCCGCAGGCGAGAAGGGGGAGCCGGGCAGCUUGGGCCCAGGCGGACCCCCGGGACCUGCGGGCCAGAAGGGCGAGCGAGGGGAGCGAGGCCCGCCCGGCCCGGCCACCAUCACAGGGCUGGAGCGGGACCUGGUGACCAUCAAGGGCGACAAGGGCGACAAGGGCGACCGUGGCAAGAGGGGCAAGCGGGGUCCCAUUGGGCCGCCCGGGCCCCCGGGCUUCUCCGGCAGGGCGGGGGCCGGCUCGCUGCUGGGUCCGCCCGGCCGGCCAGGUGUCCCGGGAAGUCCUGGAGCCAAGGGCGACAAGGGAGACCCCGGCGAGAUCCCCACCGCGCUGCUGAGAGCCGCCAAGGGGGACAAGGGGGAGCGCGGGCAGCCGGGCCUGGGCCUCCAGGGCCCGCCGGGUCCCCCGGGCCUGCCGGCGGCCUUCGGCGGCGAGGACGGCGCGGUGCGCUACAUGCCCGUGCCGGGCCCGCCUGGACCCCCUGGGCCGGCGGGCCCUCCAGGGUCUCCGGGACCGGGCGUGACGUCGCCCAGGGAGGAGAGGGUGCCCGUGUACGGCGACCCGCAGCACCGACCCCCGCCGGGCUUCAGCCAAUCAGGCCCGCCGCCCGGCCGCUCGCAGCAGCCACCGCCGGACAGUCAGGUGAAGAUCGUGCCCGGAGCCGUCACCUUCCAGAACAAGAAGGCCAUGCUGCAGAUGACUUCGGCAAGCUCUGUCGGCACCUUGGCCUACAUCAUCGACGAAGAAGCCUUACUGGUGCGCGUCAACAGUGGUUGGCAGUACAUUGAGCUCGGCUCGCUGGUGGCCGUCACCACCCCUGCUCCCCCCACCACCUCCGCGCCGUCCUUCAAGCUGCUGCCGGAGUCGUCCAGCCUCGUGCGCAACGAGGUCAUCGUCCACGACGGCCCAGGCCUGCGGAUGGCGGCGCUGAACGAGCCGCAGACGGGCGACAUGACGGGCCUGCGCGGCGCCGACUACCACUGCUAUCGCCAGGCGCACCGCGCCGGCCUCAGGGGCACCUUCCGCGCCUUCCUGUCGGCGCGCGACCAGAACCUGGACACCAUCGUGCGCUACCUGGACCGCGGCCUGCCCGUCGUCAACAUCAAGGGUGAAGUUCUCUUCAACUCUUGGGAUGACCUCUUCUUGGGCGAUGGUGCCAAGUUCCCGCAGAACCCUCGGAUAUACAGCUUCAAUGGCAAGAACAUCAUGACAGACUUUGCAUGGCCCAGGAAGAUGGUGUGGCACGGCUCCCACCCGUUCGGCGAGCGCGCGCUGGACACGUACUGCGACUCCUGGAACUCGGCCAGCCCGGACAAGCUGGGGCUGGCCUCGCCGCUGGCCUCGGGCCGCCUGCUGGCCCAGGAGCGCCACCCGUGCGACGGCCGCUUGGCCGUGCUGUGCGUCGAGGUGACCACGCAGGGCGCGCGUCGCCGCCGUCGCCGCCGGGACGCCGGCCCCGACGAGCUGCCGCCGCUGGGUCCCGACGAGUACCGGCGCCUGCUCGACUCGCUGGCCGCCACCGAGCCCUAGGCGUCCAGACAUUCCACUCCUCCGCCCCUCGCCGUUCGGACGUUCCCCCCCGCUUUGUAUACCUCCGUUGCGCAUGCACCCACGAAGAACUGCCUCCCCGGGUGAUGCACACACUCUCUUGCUUCCUCGAGCAGCAUUCAAACAACUCAUCCAGCACACGGGGAAGACUACACUCGCAAGCAGAAUGGUGCAGGUAUGCGAGUGGGUUGGUGUCGCUCCCAUGUGACUUGCUACUACUUACAGGGGCUCAUAGCAGAUUUUACCCGUUUUGACGAUUGGCCCACUCUUGCACAGAGCAACAGAAUUGUUUAGCUCUUUUGAGGGACUGGGCAAACUCCCAUAGCUGCAAGCUUAGGGUGGGAAUGUCUACUUGUUCCAAAAACAACCAUUUACUUUACUGACUAUAAUUAAAAAAAAAUAUAUAUAUAUAUACAAACAAUUACUUAAAGCUAUUAAACUAUUUCAAUGAGCUUGAAUAUUUUCAAACCAUACUAACUUUUUUUUUUUUUAAUUUGCAAGGGAAAAUACAUGCUGCAGUCAUUAACAGUAUUUAAUGCUUACAGAAAUGUUUUUAGAUAUUCUUUCAACCCAAAAGUAUUUAUUUUUAUUAAAUGUCAGGAAGCCAGACAUUUCACAUUUUUAAUGUCAACAACUUACUUUGAAGAAAUGUUUGUAUGGUAAAAUCUUUGUUAAACCUAAAAACAGAUGGAAAUGAAUUUGCCAGCAUUUUGAUUGCUGUCAAAAGAUACAAAAAUUUAGAAACAUUUUCACUUUUAUCACAUAGAUUAUAUUAUGUAACAAUGAUUAUGUUUCAAAUUGACAAAUCCAAAAUAGAUUCAGAAAACAAUAGUGUGUCCUUUUUUUUAAAAAAAAAAUUUAAUUAUAUUUUGAUCAAUAACUGUAGGCCUGUGUCAAUUUAUUCUUUGAUGUAUUCUAGAAGAUAACUCUGACUGGUAGAGCUAUUUGUUAAACUUGUCUUAAAAUGAAAACAAAAUUACUUUUUUUUAAUUGCCCUCAUUUUAAAAUAACAUGUUGAUAUUUUAUCAUUUGAAAUUAAACAUAAAUUUUCAUUGUGAAUCACAGCAAUUGAUGUGUCCAUUUAAGUUAAAAUCCUACAAUUUUGAUUAAAGAAAACACCACUUGAUUGCAGUACUUUGUUGGGUAAAGAAUACGAAACAUCUGUGAUUUACAUAAUUUUUUUAUGGCAAGUAGCCUUGUCGACAUACCACAAAGAUAUGAAAGCUUAAAUUAAUCAGUUACAACAAGGCAGUAAAAUUAAACUUAAUUUUAAAAAAUGUGAUAUUAUGAAAGAGCAUUCAAAAGUUACAACUGCUUGAGGCCCUUAAAAAUAUACCCUGCUUACGCAUGAACUCAUCAAUUUAUACCCUCAUUCCUCUCUGUACUCGUGCGCACAAACAUUACUCAACACUGAAACGAUUAAUGGGUCAGUAAAUUUACCAAUAACAAUUUUAGAUUGUGUUGUGUAUCGUUUGAGGAGAGUAUGGGUGUUUAUUCCGAGAGAAAAAGAGAGUGCAGCCUAAAAGAGAAACUGAAUUGUACUUGGGUUGAGACUAGUUAGUAUAUGUGUUUCAGUAAAAUUGAAAUAAAGAUGGUGUUUUUUCAUGCUGUAGCUACUGAAAUAUCAUUGUGCGCUGCUGUAAAUUUUUUUCCUGGAAGUUAUUGAUCUGUUUUUAGUGGGAACUGUAUUUUCACUGAACUCUAAACGUGCUCACACAAAAAAAAACUUCAUGAGUGUUAAACGAUUAUUGUUUGAAAUAAAAUGCAAAGUUAUUUUCAUUUCUUAAUCAAGUUCUUUGAUAAGAUAAAGCAUUCUUCUCAGAACAUAAUCAUGUAUUCCUGAUAUUUUAAAUUAGUGGUAUUGAAUUCGCUUGCCAAUAUUACUGCUUGUUGUAUGGCAAGGAUUUAUAUUGUAUGACUAGUUUAUUACAUGGGCCUUUAAAAUUUAUUAAUUCUUACUCCUAAACCAGUUUAUUAUACUAAAAAAUUGUACCCCAGAUACUACCUUGCACAUCUGCCAGUAUCAAGCAUGAUAUAAUAUUCAUAAACAAAGGCUGAUAAUUUCCAUGUAAGUGGUAUGAAUGUACGGUAGGAAACGGAAAAUUUUUCAACGGCUUAGCACUAUCUUCGUCUCAUUAUAGUAACUAGAUAUUCAGUGGUACAUCUUUGCUUUUCUAUUAUAAUAUAUUUUGACAUUUCAUUCAACUACUUACUCUCUUCCUCUAAAAGUAAAUGUUCUAAAAUGUUUUCGAUCGGACAUUGUCAUCACUUUAUGUGUCACCUUUAUCAUGUCAGUGUUAAAUAAUUCGAGAAUUGAUUGAGGAACAUAUUUAAGAAGGGUAUCGUUAUAUGAUUUAUGGAUUUUGCACUAUUUUUUAUUUUAAUGAAAUCUAGUCACUAUUCUUAGAGUAGACUUUUAAUUUUUUUUAAUGUGAUUCAUUUAUUUCACUUGGUUUCAUAGUAAGUCAGAGAUGAAUGUCAGGAACUUUAUGUUCAACCGUAUGUGGCAAGCCUAAUGAUGAAAUAUGUUCAUAAAUCUGCCAUUUAUGAACUAAAAUUGAAAUCAAUGUAGUCACAGUAUAAUUUGGAUAAAGUUUCAAUUUAAUGCAAAUGAUUUUUCUAAGAAAAUACUUUUCUGUAAGAAACUUUUAUUUAAAUGCCUUUUGCUAUUUUACUAAAAUGGAAGGAAAAAAAAAGAUUUGGUAACAUAUCUAUACCAUUAAACAAUGAUUUUCUGUAGUAUAAUUAAGGUUUUCCCCGACUCUUAUGAAUAACAAAAAUAAAGUAUUUAUAAGACUCCAAUUUUUCUUGGGCAACCUCAUUUUCCAACAUUACCAUUAAAAUUUUCUGAUUAAACAAGCUUUUUAUUUUUAUGAAAUACAAUCUUGAAAAUAUAAAAUAAUUUAAUAAUUAAAUAUUUAAUUUAUGUGUAUUAAAUUUUCGUUUUAAUCCAACUCGCAGUAAGUGUAUCGUUACAUAAAAAUAUUUUAUGGAAAGUUAAAUAUCUCAAUUCAGAUAUAACAUUUGCAGGAAAAUGUAUGUUUCUCAUUCAGAAAUUUUUAUAAUAUCCUGGAUAUAUUUAGUCAUAACAUAACUUUUAAAUUUGAUAUUUGGUGUUUUUCAAUUUUAAUGAUUUCAUUAUACAUGUGUUUCACACUCACAAAUCUCUAAAAUCAAAAUUAACAAUUUUAAAAUAUUUUUUUAAAGAGUUCCAUAGUUAAAAUAUCUGAUGUUUAAAACCAAUCUCUCAAUGGCCUCGAACAAAAUUUACAUAAUUCCGGCACUACUUAUUUCAUUGAAACGGCAGAAUAAAAUUUAAGCAAGUUAUUGUAGCUACUUAAUACUUAAUCAUAUUUAUUUUGGCUACUACAGCUAUAGUGCAGUAAGAAGCAAAAGAGCCUUCUCGUACAUUAACAUUGGUGUCUGCACUGGUACUUUUGUUAGUUGUCGCAUUAAUUUACUAGUAUUUAAUAAUACUAACAAUUCUUAAACAUUUUUAUUUUCAAAGUAAACCAAAAUGAUGAUUUUUAGAUUCAGUAUACUUUUAUUAUUUUUCUUUCAGAAUAAAAAAUGUAAAUACUAACUUAUGAAAUAAAACAUUUUUCGUAUUUUAAAUUGUGUUAAGUGACCAUUUGGUGCAAAUAAUCUGCCAAUUUGAAUACAGUCUCAGUCUUGCAUUUUGUAGCCUUUUUCAUAAUUUGAGUUACAUAAUGUGUAAUGGGGGAUCAUCCAUUUUUUUUUUCUUUUUGUCUUUAGUGUUUACAUGCUUAAAAUUGGUGUUUUGUACAUCAGAUGUAAUAGAAUAAUGCAAAUAAAAUGCCAAAGAAAUUUCAGACAACCUGUUAUUAUUCACUAUAAGUCUCGAUGACUUAUCUGAUUUAUUUUAUUUGGUUAUGCUUUAAAUUCAGAAUAUUAAGUUUCAAUAAAUUUAAUAUUUACAAUUAAUAACUUUGAUUUAUUAGCUAUUCAAUUAAGAACAUAAAUAUAUAUUUUUUUAUAUUACUGCAUGCAUCAAAACAAUCCGUCAAAGACCGCAAAUUUAUAACAAUUAUGAAAAGGUUUCUUAUAUUUUCAUUAGUAUGGCAAUGUUUGGAGCAAUAAUGGUCAUAAAUUAAAUAAUCAUAAAAUGAGUGGAAAACCAAACAGCUAUCUAUAAUUUUCGUAUAUUUUAAGUUAGGGUGCGGAAAAUGUUUCUUUCCGUUACUUAAAAAAAUCUAUCUAAAAUACAUAAAAGUUUUUCUUGCACAAACACAUUUACUAACAACAGUACCAAAAAUAUCCAUGUUGAAUAAUAUUAUAUAAAUAGUCUUUAAUUGUAUGCAAAAUGGAAAAGGUUGGUUUAGACUUCAAGUUUAUAAAAACAUAGAUGCCCAUUUUUUAUGCUCUGGGAAAAUUUUUUGAGCAAAUUUUUGUGCUAAUCCUUAAAAUAUGUAUGUUAAAAUAUACCUAUGAUUUUACUUGAAAAAUAAUUGUUUAUAGCUCUUACGUCUGUCAUGAAAUGCCCAAUCUAUAUCAAUUUACAAAAUAUAUCUAGUACUCUCUUAAAUAUAUGCUUUUACGAGACACAGUUUAUUACAUACAAAUAUUCUAUCUUUUUGUGCUGCCAAACAUUUUUCAGUAAAAUUGUCUGCAUCUGACUAAUAUAAUCUACUUGUGUAAAUGUUUAAUAGACUGAUAAGCUGAUGGUUUGAAUGUAUCUUGUGGUUGUAUAUGAAGCAAAUCAUGUUAAUUCGAGCCAGUGAUAUAUUGUGGAGCAUAAUAGUUGUGUGAUAUAUGUACAUGCUACAAAUUAAAUACCGCAGAGAUAGAAUGUAUGGACAGUUAGCUCAAAUGAAGAUGUUUCCAAGUGAUAAAUCAUGUUUAAGACACUCCAAAAAAUUUCAUGUACUUGUGAACAUUUCAGAUUAAAUUAAGAGAAUUUUUGUAAGUUAUUUGUAAUUGGAGGAGCCUGUUACCAGUAUCAUAUAAAAUAUGUAAAUAUUCCAUGUUUUGUUGAUAAUGAUAAAAUUUAGAAAUUUUAGUGUACUGAAAUAUUGUAUAUUAAUUUCCACUAGUUUCUAAACUUUUUUAUUUAUUACAUAAUUAAAUUUUAUAACAUUGUAUUUAUUUAUGUAUAUUGUCUAAAAUGUCAUGUAUAGCAUGUAAUAAAAAAUUCUGAAUGAUU